AUGGAAUGGAAUCCCGGGUAUCCAAGAAGAAGAAGAGGAAGAGGGACACGGAGAGUAGCCCGUACGUUCUCCCGGCUCUCCGACGAUCUCCUCGUCGAGAUCAUCUCGCGCGUGCCCUUCAAAUCCACCCGUUGCUGCAAGUGCGUCUGCAGGCGAUGGCGCGACGUCGUCUCCAACCCUGACCACCGCAAGAAGCUGCCUCGGUCGACCCUCGCCGGCUUCUUCUACAGAACCGGGCAUCUGUGUUGCAGAACUAUGAACCGUCAUUACAAAAGCCUAACAGGGAAGAAGUGGUGCCGCGGCAUCGACCCCGCCCUCAAGUUCCUGCCCAAAUACAGACUCUGUGACAUUCACAUUGACAUGUUGGACUGCUGCAAUGGCCUCCUGCUUUGCCGACGACAGCAGACCGAUUAUCACGGGACAACGGACUACGUGGUGUGCAAUCCGGCCACUAAGACAUGGAUUGCCGUGCCUGGCACCGACCGGUCCCGCGAGCUGCGCGUCGCUCGCCUUGGGUUCGACCCGGUCGUCUCCUCUCACUUCCGUGUACUUGAGUUUGCACCGACGGAUGAUAAUGAUACACACGUCAAGCCAUUGGGGAUCUACUCCUCAGAAGCUGGAGCCUGGACACAUCGGAGCGAUUGGAAAUGUCCAAUUGAUAUAAAUAAAUAUUCCAGUAGCGCAUUUUUCAGAGGGGUGCUAUAUUUAUCUUCCUAUGAAGAUAAGGUUGUAGCCGUCGACUUGGAGGGAAAUUGUAGGGUCAUUCAUAUUCCUACCUUACAUGAUUCUUGUAUUGCUCGUGAAGUUUAUGUAUCACAGGGACAAUUGUAUGUUGUAAUUUCUAGUGAUUCUGAACUAUCAAUGUGGGCUCUUGAAGAUUCUAGUACUGAAAAUUGGACCUUGAAGCACAAUCUCAGCCAUUUGCAAUUGUUUGGAGCAGAGGAUUCAUCUUAUGAGCAGGACUAUGAUAUUAUCAUCCACCCAGAAUGCAAUCUGAUAUUUAUACUACUUACGAGAUUCUACUCGACAUGCAGAUCAGCGACGAAACUAAUGUCAUACGACAUGGAUUCUAGGACUGUGCAUUCUAUAAGUGAUUUUGCACAUGACUGGAAGAGUCCUUAUCUUUCAUAUGUUCCCUUGUUCUCAGGUUCACUGGCUGAUGGGCAGUAG